AUGUUGAACAGAGUCAUACACAACCAAACCCAAACCCAAACCCCGCAGUUCCAUUUCCCUCAGCUGGCCUUCAGAAAGGGGUUGCUCUCUGUGCCCGAGAACAUUCCCGCCGACACGCUAAUGAUCGACCUCCAGAACAACGACAUCACCGAGGUCAAGGAGGACGACUUCAAAGGCAUUAACAAGAUCUACGCCCUGUUCCUUGUUAACAACAAGAUCUCUAAGAUCCAUCCCAAAGCUUUCCGUAACAUGGAUCGGCUACAGCUGUUGUACCUGUCCUACAACCAGUUGACACAGAUACCUGCCAACCUGCCCAGGAACAUCCUGGAGCUGCGUAUCCACGACAACAAGAUUAGCAACAUCCAGAAGGAAGCCUUCAAAGGGCUCAAGUCUGUGCAUGUUCUGGAGAUGAGCGCUAACCCGUUAGCUAACAACGGGAUAGCACUGGGAGCAUUCGACGGCAUGGAGACCCUGUACAUCAGGAUCGCAGAGGCCAAGCUCACAGCUGUACCUAAAGACCUCCCAUCUUCACUCACAGAGCUUCACUUGGAUUAUAACAAGAUCACCAAAGUAGAAAUUGAGGACUUUUUCAGAUAUAAAAAAAUACAAAGAUUAGGACUGAGCUUCAACCAAAUCAAGUUUGUUGAGAAUGGAAGCUUGGCCAGCAUACCCAACGUCCGUGAAAUCCACCUCGAUAACAACAAACUAAAGAAGGUUCCGCCCGGUCUAAACUCACUGCGGUAUCUACAGGUAAGAUAUGGUUGGGUCACCUGUUGGGCAUUCCAACGAUAACUUGAAACAGUUUUU